AUGGCUCCCAGCAUGCAAGGCCCGAAUAUUUUUGACGAUGCCACCCGUUCUCCUACCAAAUCCGUCUUCAGAUCAAUACUGUCUCCCAAAGCUCAUCGGAGAAAUCGCUCCGCCGACGAAGCGUUCUCGCCGAGAGCCUCCCAUAGGAGUCAGCCAUCGGGCGACUCCUACGCCUCCCCGGUAGACCAAUCUUAUGGUGUAAUGGACCAACACCCGUUGGCCGAGAUCGCGCCGAAUCGCGAUGCCGCCGAAGCGGGCUCUACGCGCCAGAAAUCGCCCGACAAACACGAGAAGACCGGACUACACAAGAAAACGAAGAGUGCUGUGUCGCUGAAGUCCUUGAAGAGCUACAUGGAACGCAGGGACCAUAAAACGGAGGAGUCGCUGGAAGACGAGUCCACAGACCUGAAACCGAAGAAAGCUAAGUCAGCCAACAGCCUGUCAGCCAUCUUGAAGCGAUCCCAGCGGGGAAGAAAAGCAGACGGCGCCAGAAGUACUCGGGACAAGGAGAAUCGAAGCCCUACAGACUUGGUCGACAGCAUGCCCUCUCCGAUCUGGGGUCAAUUCCAGGCAGGCUCGUUUCACGACAUACCGCAAAUCCCAGAUUCUGCGAACAGGCGCCGAACAUUCCAGGAAGAGGUCUCACUAUACACUCCCCAGGGCUACGGGCCGGCACACCAGCGUAAUUUCCACGACUACCAUCAGCCAUCGCUCACGAACCGCACGGAUCCGAAGCCCCGACCAAAGUCAGACUUUCUUGCGGGAAACCGCAAGGCGAAGGAAUUGCUCCCAUCGCCCCAGAACAUGGCCUUUGACAGAGCGCCCCCCAAAGUCCAGCCGGAACCGGUUUCCUCCAAAGGACGAGGACGAUCUCGUGGGCUAUCGAAAUCUGACUCGCGCCCAGAGGCCGAGCAGAAGCGAGAACAAAGCUCCAAGAGGGUUUCCCGUGUCCAGGCCGCAAUCUCGGCGUUCAAUGCUAAAGAGCAAGAGGCUGAUCUGCAAAGACGGCUCAACUCCAAGGAUCUCGAGAGCGAGUUUGAAAAGCUUUUGGAUGCGAGAAACAUUCCUCACAACAUGAGAGACAAAAUGCGGUCUUUGGACACUAACAUCAAGGCCGAUUUCAUCCAGAAGGAUAAGGCGGAAAGCAACACGCCACAUAGUGCAAGCGCCAGUUUAUAUACCAACGACAGUACUGGCCGUCGGGGUCGCGGAAAGGAGCAAAAAGCAGACCAGCAGGCGCAGGAUGGAAAGGGAUCUCGAUCGCGAUCCAGGAGUCGCGGGUUUUCCUUUUCCAAGGGAACAUCGUCCCCAAAGAAACAACGGCCCGAGAGUUUCAGUUCCCAUCGUCGACCCAAGUCUGUGGACCUUUCUCAGCCCACGGGAAUCUACAAGAUUAUGACCCCAACGGCUUCCCAGACGUCACUUUCGCGGGACACUGCCGCUGACCCAUCCGACUUUGUGCACUACCUGAAGGAAAUUCAGAAGCCGGAGAUGAUCGAGGUCGGCAAGGUGCACAAGCUGCGAAUUCUUUUGCGAAACGAGACCGUCAGCUGGGUUGAUACGUUCAUUGCGGACGGCGGCAUGGAUGAGAUUGUUGGACUUUUAUACAGGAUCAUGAAGGUGGAGUGGAGGGAAGAGCACGAGGACGCUCUCCUCCAUGAGACAUUGUUGUGCUUGAAAGCUCUGUGCACGACAUCGGUAGCGCUCCAGCUGCUCACUGAGAUCGAGGCCGAGCUCUUUCCGGCGCUUCUGAAAAUGAUCUUCGACGAGGAAAAGAAGGGCCCGAGUGAAUUCACCACUCGUGGCAUCAUCAUCAACCUUAUCUUUACCCAGCUCUCUACCGCAACUUCCGGCUCAGACGCAGCCUCCCGUGCUCAUCGAAUUCUCUCGUAUCUGCGGGAUCCCACUCCCCCGGAAGAGAACCAGCCCCUAUCAUUCAUUGCCAACAUCUACCAAACACGCCCGUACCGAGUCUGGUGCAAGGAGAUUAGCAAUGUCACUAAAGAAGUGUUCUGGAUAUUCUUGCAUCACUUGAACGUGAUCCCCAUUGUGCAGGCCGACACCCCCUCCGCUACUUAUCGAGAACGUCACUUUCCAGUGCCUAGACCACCAGUCCCCGCCGCUCCCUAUGUUGGAGGAGUGGAAUGGGAUGCCACGAACUAUCUGGCUGCGCAUAUAGAUCUCUUGAAUGGGCUCGUUGCAUCCCUUCCGACAUGCGAGGAACGAAACCAGCUUCGAGCUGAGCUGCGCGCUUCUGGCUUCGAAAAGGUCAUGGGAGGCAGUUUGAGAAUUUGCAAGGAGAAGUUCUACUUUUCGGUGCACGACUGCCUGCGCACCUGGGUUGCUGCCGCCGUUGAAGACGGAUGGCCAUAUCUAGCAGUGCGGGAAGGUCCUCCUCGACCUGAGCCAGGAUCCCCGACCAAAUCACCGCUCAAGGCGGCUGGUGGGAGUCCACGCAAGGGUCUUGUGGAUGAAAGGCCUCCCAAGCUGGAACUCGCAUUGGAUCUCCCAGCCAACAGUCGAGCGUCCCCUAAAAACGACCCGGUUGGCAAUUGGAUUUAG